AUGUUGUUCAUCAUCGGUGUUGUACUUGGCUGCUUGCUUGUCCACUUCUUUUAUCGAGGACUGACCAACCCUCUCGCUCAUAUCCCGGGCCCGCCUUCUUCGCGAUGGACCAGUGUGGUCUUCUCCUACUACUGCGUGCGCGGCGAGGUAGCCCAGUAUGUCCAUGGCCUGCACCGCAAAUAUGGCCCCGUCGUCCGCGUCACCCCCACUGAAGUCGACAUCUGCGAUACCAGCGCCGUCAAGCAAAUUCACAAAACCGGCAGUGCCUUUCUCAAGUCCCAAUGGUACGUCGACCUCACCCCGCGAGAGAGACAAAGCACCUUUUCCACCGUCGACCCCAAGUUCCAUGCUGCCCACCGACGGCUGCUGUCCUCGCCCAUCUCCGACUCGGCCCUGAUGACCCAGUUCGAGCCACUCAUCCGGGCCCGAGUCAGCCAAGCCAUCGAUGGACUAGACCGAGACAUGGCAGCCACUGGGGCCGGGGAUGUGUACAAAUGGAUGCUGUUUAUGGCCACGGACAUUAUCGGGGAGAUGUCCUUUGGCGAAUCCUUCCGCAUGCUGGACUCAGGCCAGAAAAGCCAAUACAGCAAUGACCUGGAACGGAUUGCGUUGACGGGGAUCAUCCGCACCACGUUCCCGACCAUGUUCAAGCUCGCCGCGACUCUGCCGUUGCCCUACUUCCGCGAGACGGUGAAGGCCGUGAACCGUCUGGAGUCAUAUGCCGUGGCGUCCAUCGGCCGCUAUUAUGGCAUGCUGAAACAGAACCCAAAGGACCCCAAGCCCACCCUGUUCACCAAGCUGUAUGACGCCGGCGAGAACGGCCUCUCGGAGACGGAGAUCAUCGCCGAGGCGCGCACCUUCAUCGUGGCCGGUAGUGACACCACGGCCGUGACGCUAACCUACCUAAUCCAUGCCGUGUGCCAGAAUCCCCAGAUCCGAGACACCCUGGUCGCUGAGGUGGCGCAGCUGCCGGCCGACUUCACGGACCGGGAUCUGCGGGGCCUGUCGUACUUGAACCGGGUCAUUCUGGAGUCGCUCCGACUCUACAGUGCGGUUCCGUCGGCGCUGCGUCGUGCCGUGCCUGCCGGCGGGGCGCAUCUGGCGGGCUAUAGUUUUCCUGCUGGGGUCACAGUGGGAACGCAGUCGUAUUCUCUGCAUCGCGACGAGAAGAUCUUCCUGGACGCGGAGAGGUUUGAGCCGGAUCGGUGGGUGUCACCCACGCAAGUGAUGAAGGAUGCUUCGCUGCCGUUUGGUGGAGGGUCGCGUGUCUGUCUGGGAAUACACCUGGCGCGAAUCGAGCUACGUCUGGCCACAGCGAUGUUCUUCCGUCGAUUUCCGCAGGCGCGCGUGUCGAGUCGCUAUGGCAUGAGCGAAGCAGACAUGGUGAUGGAGACUUUCUUUCUGAUGGCACCCAAGGGACACCGGUGUCUGAUCGAAGGAAGAGAUAUGCAGCACAAGGUUCAGUUUUAG